GGCGGCCCCAGCCCCGUCCCGCCGACCCUGGGCGGCGCCCGGGCCGGGCGCCGGGGCCAUGCACCCGGUGUGGCGCUGAGCACCGCGGCGGCGAAGUGGAGCCCUCUUCCUGCGGGCAAUCCCCGACCUGCGUGCGAACGGGGCCGUGCCUGCCGCCGCCGCCGCCCCCCCCCGCUCCAUGACCCUGCGCUCCGCCGGAUCCCUGGAGAGCGCGGAGGGCUCCUGGGCGCGUUGGGGGCACGGCGAAACGGCGGCGCCGGUUGCCGAGGAGUCCCGUGAGGCGGCGCAGCUGGCCACGGCUAUGGAGGAGCUGCGGCGAGCAGGAUGGUACUGGGGCAACAUGACUGUUGCUGAAGCCAAAGAGAGAUUACAGGAUGCCCCCGAAGGGACCUUCUUGGUUAGGGAUAGUUCACAUUCAGAGUAUCUACUGACUAUUUCAGUAAAAACAUCAGCGGGACCGACCAAUCUACGUAUAGAAUAUCAAGAUGGCAAGUUUAGACUGGACUCUAUCACUUGUGUCAAAUCUAGACUUAAACAAUUCAACAGCGUUGUACAUUUGAUUGAGUACUAUGUUCUUAUGUGCAAAGACAGAACCGAAACACCUUCAAAUGGAACAGUUCAUCUUUACUUGAACAAACCUCUCUAUACAUCUGCUCCAUCUCUGCAACACCGCUGCAGAAUAACUAUAAACAAAUGUACAAAUCAGAUCUGGGAGCUGCCAUUGCCAACAAGACUAAAAGAGUACUUGAAAGAGUACCAAUACCAGGUAUAAUAUAUUUUCUAAAUGCUUCUAAUGUAGAGUUAGCUUUUAAAUGCAAUUCUUAAAAUCAGCCAAAGAACUGAGUAACCAGUUGUACAACCCGGCAUGGAAUUCACUAUCAAAACAGUAGCAGUUCUGGGGGAAAGGUUUUUAUUUCAGUUGCCACAAAGGGAGACUUCAUGUCGAAUAAUCCCAGUUUGCAUCCUUGGAGGUUCGGCAAGGUGGCAUACUAUUCUUGCAAAGAGAGAAGCCAGGAAUCUGUCCAGAUUGUGUUGCUUUGUCAAUGGUACAAAAUACUGCACUGACUACCAAGUAAUAACUGCAGCACUGGGACCGGGAGAGACUGUGUAAGUGGUCAGAAACAUAAGAGAGUGCAGAAGUAUCUCAGUUGUCUGAUUCCAAGAUUAAUUUGGUGCUAGUGUUCGUAUAAUCCUGAAAGCUUAACUGGAUCACACUGUGAUAAUCUUUCCAAAGUUAUGCAACUAAUCAAAUCCAGUAAAAAAAAAAGUGAUCAUGUAUUCAGUUUUUAUUGAACUAUAUUUUGUGUCCUUUUCUGCAAGCAAAGGAGUACUAUAAGUAAAUGGUUUAAAACAUUGUUUUUUAAGGUUCUCUAAAAGCUGACCUUAAGGAGAAAUGUCACAUCUUUCAUAGGAACCCAAUAUGUUGCUGAUUAUACCAGAUUGGUAUCCCAGAGUCCUUAGUAAUGUUCACAUCUCCCAGUGGUGAUAUAUCCAUGUUAUUACUACAAAGCCUCUUUUGGUCGAGGCUUCAGGACUGUAUGCUGCAGACUUGCAGUUGCUCAGGUCCAAUGUCAAAACAUGGGUAUCAGCAGUUACAGCUGUCUUCUACAAUGUAGAAUAUUUUCUUCAGCUUGUUUCCCAAAAUGUGGGGAAAUAGGAUUUGAUAGGGUGGGGUGAGGUUUAUUUUUUGUUCUUUGGUUUUUUCUUUUCAUUCACUGUUGUAGCUAUCGGACUAU